AGGGGGGCCGGGGCGGCCGGCGGGCGGGCGCGGAGCCGCGGGGGGCGCCGCUGCCGCUGCCCCUUCCCCCGCCCCGGCCCGCGGCCGCCGCCGCCGCUAGGCCGGUCCCCGCGCCCCGCCGGGGAAGGGAGCACCGCGCAUGAGAGGAAAGGACGCGGGCGGCCGGCGCAGGCGCCCCGUGCCCCGCGUGUUGACAUGGGGAGGGGGCCCGGCCCCGGGCCCGGCCCGCUCCGCCCCCGCCCGCGCUCCCCGCCGCCGGCCCGCCCCUGCUGCUGCUGCUGCCGCUGCUGCUGCCCGCUACCGCCCGGCACGGCCCGGCCCCGCCGCGCCUUGUGCGCCUGCUCGGCGGCGGCAGCGGCCGGGAAUGGCGGCGGUUUUGGAGCUGCUGCUGCGCGAGGAGGUGGCGGUCGGCGCCGUGCUGCGCUGGCUCCGCCAGGGGCCCGGCCACCGCCCCGCUGAGGAGAACCACAUCCAUGACAAGCUGGUGUCUCUCAGUUUACUUCAGAAAGACUUUGUGCCUUUUCUGCUGAACUUUUUAAGGGAGCAAACCAGCCAGAUCCUGACUAAUGGACCCUCUACUCCUGCUAAAACUCCCAAUUCCAAGGCCCAUGGGAGCCAAAGGACAGGAUCAGAAAGGAGAGCAGGUCAUGCGACUAGCAGCCGAGUGCAGCUCUUUUCCCAAAGGACUUCAGUGACCUCUUGCACCACAGAUACCAGCUUUUCCCCCGCUGCUGCAUCCAGUGGCUCUUCUUCCUUUUCAGGGUCAAACCUGUCAAGCCCUUGCAGCGACUUCCCGAGCAUGGCCUCCAGUAGCAGCCCGAGCUUUGGGUACAGCCCUGUGCUUAACCACAGCGAGAGGCGCUCAUCUCAGAAGGCCAGCCUGGGGAGCUUCCUGACAGCUACGCCCGAAGCCCUGCCAGCGAGGAGAGGCAGAAGGAAAGGUGGCAGUGCAGUCAGUGCCUCUGGCCGGCAGGUGCCUCGGGAUCUGGGGCGCUCCCUUGCUGAAGAGGAAGAUGGAAAGAAUGACAGUCCCUCGUGGAGUGGAGGGAGAAGAAAGCGGAGUGAAGUGCCUCUUGUUUCUGCUAGAUCCCCACCCAGCCAGCUAAAUCUUAACAACCUGGAGGAGUUUCCACCUAUGGGUGCAGCCUCUGGCUGGACAAACAAAAGUAAGCCGUCAAGGAGAAUCAACCCCACUCCUGUAAGUGCCGAGCGCCCCCUUUCCAAGCCAAAGACGUGCUUCACUUCUACGCCUGUCAGCCAGUCUCCAACUGCUCGGUUUUCAUCUGGGUCAAGCCUUGAGGCCUUUAGUACUGUCCAGGAAGGAAACCUAACUUCUGCGAUAAGCAGCAGCCUUCAAGAGGAGAGAGAGAUGCUGAAGAAAGAACGAUGCAAGUUGCUGCACCAGGCUUCUUCUCCUGCAGGGAUAUCUCUUGAUCCUGGUACUCCCACUAAGCCUAGUUACACUCGCAGUGCAAGCCUUCCCGCUGAAAGCCAUCUGGUGACCUGUGCGGAUCCUGCUAAGGUUUCUUGCAAGAAACAGUUGGAGUGUCUGGCACAGCUCUACUCAUCGUGCAUAGCAGAAAACCUGGUACCAAAUAUUUUUCUGGAGCUUUUUUUUGUUCUGCAGCUGUUAACAUCUAAAGGCACUUCUACUGCAGAAGAAGAAGAGGAGAGUGACCUUGAAGUCAAUGAAGGAAGUAAAAAUGCAACGGGGAGACAGCAUUUCCGAAGUGUGCACAAUUGUGUUUACUUUGCUGUUCAAGUCUUGGAUUAUCAAUAUGAAAUUAUUUCCCAUUUAGAAAAGGGAACACUGAAGUUCUUGGCUGAAAAUGAACGGAUUGCAUCUUUUUCUCCUACCUUGCAUGAGAGGCUCAAGCAGGCUUAUGAAAGCAGCACAGCCAAGGUGUCUCUCCUGCUGCCAUGCUCUGUACAAUCUGUUUCUUUCCAGCCAGAAACAGACAAUCGCUCUAACUUUCCCAGUGACAGAGCAUUUCACAUAUUUAAGAAACAAAGGGAUAUCUUUUACGAGCUGCUGCGUGAAUGGGAGGAUAACCAUGAAAAAACUGGCUGGGACUUUGAAAGAGUUCUGGGCAACAAGAUAAGGGCCAUGAUGGCUCACCUGUCUGCAACCUGCAACCACAGCCAUUUUGCCAGGCUCUUUCAGAAACAGCUCAUCCAGAUGUGUAAAGGUCCCGUUGGUGGUGGCGCAAGCUGGGGAGACACCCCAGACCAGGAUGUCCUUAAUAUGCUGGGUCCUGAUAAUCUGAGCCGUCUGAAGAGGUUGCAGGAAAGAUUUGUAGUUCCCCAGAGCAUCAGAGGACCUUGCCCACCCCCUUCAUUCCCAGGGUGCCAGCAGUUCUUCAGGGACUUCAUCCUCAGCGCAGGAAGUUAUCAGUUCAAUCAGCACCUGGUGGAUAGCCUGUGCCUGAAGAUACUUGAACUAGAUGGCCUUACUCUGGUAGAGCAUGAGCACAGUGAUGGGGAAGCAGAUAUGGACGAACAGGAUGAAAAGAAGCGUUUUACUGUGGUCUUAUUAAGUCUGAGACUCCUCGCCAAGUUCCUGGGGUUUCUUGUUUUCUUGCCAUAUCGCACUGUGGAACAGCCAACUAGAGACCUGCAAGACUCUGCAGUAGCAUUAAGAAACCAAACCCUGCCCGUACUGGACGUACUGAAGCUUCUGAGACAAUCUAUUCGGGAUCACCGUUCUAUCCUCACUGUUCCAUGGAUUGUGGAGUUUCUUUCCCUUGCAGAUCAUAUCGCUCCUUUCCUUGAUUACUAUAGGAAGGUAUUUUGUCUCUUGCUGCAGGUAUACAGGUUAAUGGUCCUUUCUGAAGAUAAGGAGAUGAGUUUCCUGAACAAGCUGCUGAUCCUUGCAGUUCUGGGAUGGCUUUUUCAGGUUCCAUCGGUCCCUGAAGAGUUGUUUUUUGCCACUGAUGUCAGGCAGGAGGGAGUGAUGGUGGAUACUGUGACCUCUGCUCAGGCUUUGGACUCUGUGCCCUUGGUGGAUCAGCAGUUACUUUAUACCUGCUGUCCCUACCUUGGUGAGCUGCGGAAACUACUUGCCUCUUUUGUGGCUGGUAGCGGAGCAAAAAAUGGUGGCUUUAUAAGGAAAAUCACUCCAACAGCUGCAGAGUCUUUGGCACCCAAGGCUUCCGUCACACAACGGAAACUGCAGGUGGAGUUGGAGCAGGCCUUCUUCCACAACCAGCCUCCCUCCCUGCGGAGAACAGUUGAAUUUGUGGCAGAGAGGGUGGGAUCCAACUGUGUUAAGCACAUCAAGGCAACACUGGUAGCAGAGUUGGUUCAAAGGGCUGAAGUCAUGUUGCAGGAUAAAGUGAAGGAGGAGGAUGCUAAUCAUGACAAGCUGCUUGAAGAGGUGUGCGCUCAUCUGUAUGAGGAAGGGGCCCAGGCACUCAUCAAAGGCAGAGAAUUUUGCAAAAAAAAAGGUCCUGAGGCGGUAAGGGUGUUGUUGCCAGAAGAAACAUCUGCAGCAGUUUUAAAUAGUGCGGAAGACAUUGCAGUGGAACUAGCUACUGAGAAGGCCUGUGGCUGGCUUUCUGCCAACAUUGCAGCACUAAUAAAAAGAGAAGUGAAGGCAACCUUCAACAGAAUGCUGAAAGUCCCAGGGCUUCCCUUGCCCAGCGAGGAAGCUCUGGAGUUGAGGAGGGACUGCCCACCAGGCUGUCAGCACCGUGCCCCAUUUCCCUCCCAGAUCAUCAACGAGAUUAAGGAUGUGCUCUGCGUUGCUGUGGGCCCACGGGAUGAAGGCGAAGUGAUUGACCAUGACUGGCUGGAGUCCCUGCUGGGAAGACUGAGUCAGACGCUUCGGUGCAGAAAGUUCAUGUGUCCGACAUCAGAGCAGCAGCUGGCAAAGUGUACAGUUGAGUUGGCUUCUUUGCUGGUUUCAGAUCGUGUUCCUCUAAGUGUUGGGAUCAAGCCCCAAGAGAAGAGCUCUGAGAGGCUGCGAGUAAAGAACAAUCCCACAUAUGGCCUUCUGAAACUGCUGCUUUCUGUCUGGAAGGAAGACUUUGGGACGCCUGUUCCCGUGCAGCUGAUGUUCAGCAGGAAGAACAUCGGUUAUCUUUCGGAAGUCAAGCAGCGGGAGUGGGACUUGUUUCUUUUCAUGCUUCACGGUCUUGUAGAACAUGAUCUUAUGAGAACCAGUGAAAUAGAGAGUUGUUUCCGCAGCCUCAGAGAGCUCCCUUGGCCCUCAGAUUUCCUCAAAGAACUGGAAAUGCUGUCCCAAGUAUUUACCUCCGAACAUCAUAUAGAAGAGCCCAGGACUAACCCUCAUGAACUGACAAGACAAUCGCUAGGUACCGUGACAGCACAAAGUUAGUGGAGAAGGACUCUUUGAGGAUUAAAAAAAAAAAGUACUAACGAAGAUGCAAAUGGAAUUUUUAGAGUUUCUGAAUGCAUUGUGAGGCCCUUGCUGGGAGAAUACUGCGUAUGAGAGGUCUGUGCAAAAACUGCACCGGUCUUUCUGCUCAUAGACACUUUGCAAUGGUGACUAUGCUGAAGGAUUCACAUCAGCAAGUGGAUCACCAAGUCAGAAAUCCCUUAAGCACCUUGAUCAUGGCUCAGAGCAGCCAUUUUUUAGACUCACCAACACUUUUGUAUUUGUACUGUGGCCAAACCCAGGGCUCAGUUCAAGUGGAGAAGUUAAUCUGUGACCAGAGCUUGCCUGGUGGCUGGCUCUUCUCUUUCUGUCUUUUAACAGACUGAACGGUCAGGAGAGGGAAAAAUUAAACCCAUAUGACAUGGAGAUGAGCCUAUAUUUAUUUUUCACUGUAAGCUCAAUUUCAGAGGAUUGAUUUUAAUUUUUUAAAGACUCAUUUUAAAAGUAAAACCAUAUUAAAUAUAUACACCAGAACAUUGAUGAUAGUAUUCUUAAAGGAUGUAGAUGCUUAAGUUUUUUUCCAUCUCUUGAUGGAAAUGGAACUUGUAAUUCCCUGUUUUUGUUUUUUAAUAGAAACAAGGGGGAUAUCUGACUAUAUUUUUUACUGAAGGCAGAUGGCAGUAUUUUUAAGACUUUUUUAAAGUAUGUGAACAUAAGUGGCGUGUAGCUGCUAUUCGCUGUUGUUAUAAUCCUUGCCUUGAGUUUGAGUUUUAUCAGACAGGAAAUGCUCCAGCAAGAAAACUACAGCCUGGAAGACCAGACAAAAAAUGUAGUGAAAAAGCAGUGUGACAUCCUCUGGAGAGCUGGUUUGAGAGGAAUCCUUUCUGUGGAGGCCAGAGGGCACUUCCUGCCCUUGUGGAUAGAUCUUCGCCACGGGUGUGACUUCCGUGCACCCUCCAAGUAUCUCUAAACUGGAGUCUGGGGUAGGGACUGCUGGUGGUUAGCAGAAUAUUAGUUACUCAGUAGAUAUCUCUUAAGGAGUUUAUUUUUUUCCUGCAACAGGAUGCUUUUUCCUCUAGCACGUCUAGGUGUGUGAUGUUAUGCUGGUUUUUCAGAAAGAAAUACUGUGUUUCGGACUAAGUGAAGCCCAGUGCUCUUUCUCUUGCUACCUUACCUCUUUCGUGUAUAAAAUGGGAAAAAGUAUCUGAGUCAGUUGAGGAAAAAGACAACCAGGACUAAGUGAGGUUACUUCUGUUAAACUGUGUGAUGUGGAGAGAGAAACCACAGAGGAAGGUCAGUCUGAAUUGUACUGAGAUGUUUUUGAUUCGGUGACUAAGCAUUGUAUUGAAAGCUACAGCAAGUGCCAUCGCUGUGCCUUUUUUAGGGAUUUUAUUUAAUGACAUGAAUGAAGCAGAGGUUUCCUGAAAGUGGGCAUGCCGUGUGUAUGGUAACGACAUGGUAAUACAAACGGAAGUAGCAAAUAUACCAUAGCAUUUCAUACCUGCUCCCUGAGGCUAUUAUGUGACAUUUUGCUGCAGCCCUCACUUGAAGUUGUUGUUUGUCAUAAUAAACAUGAUUAAAUGUCCUGUUUUGUGUCCAAGCUGGUGAUGUACAACCUCUUUGUACUGGGGUAAGGUACAGAAAGGUACGCUGCCAUGAAGCGUCGUGCAGAGAACAUAUGGUAACUUCUGUCCUGCAUGCUAUUGCUUUGCUUAUACUGAAGUAUAUUUUGUUAUAUGAUGGGAGGUGGAGGGAGAAGGUUGAAACAAUAAUGAUAAAAAUGUGCUCUUGUCUCUAGAACUGACUUUAUUUGGGUAUUAUAUAUAAAACUGUUUGCAUGGAUACCCUAGCCAGUACUGGUUUCAUGAACUCAACAUACCUGAAUAGUCCUUCUCUAACACAACGUGCCUGGAAAUCUUCCUUUGAAAGGUGGCCAAGCCUGAGGACCAGUGUACUACUACCAGAGCGUACAGUUGUGCCCUGUGGGGCAGAAUCCAGUUCUUCAGUGGGAAGCAGCAGGAAGUAACGUAGAAGCUGAGAGCCAAAAUUACGCCUGUGCAAAGUUAUAGUUAAAAGUAGAUCUCGGCUUGUGACACAAAGGUGAGAAGUGCAACUAGCUUCAUUGUGUGCUGGGGAAAUAUGUCUCUUACUGCAAGUGUGUUAAAGUAGCAGAGGCCAAAUGGUAAGGUGGAUGCUUGAAUACACAUUUCUCACUUGACAAAUCUCAAGUGCAACAGCUUCUUGAACUAUGUCGGCUUUUCUUGAACUAAAGAAAGAAUAUUAUAGCAGCUUUUAUUGCUUAGUUAUCUAAAUGAUUCUUUACUGUUGUGCUGAAGAACUAAAUGAAGUUAUUUAGAUAUUUGAUUGUGGUUUUGUUUCAUUUUAGGAAUGUGUGACCAAGCAUGUAAAGCCUAACAACAGGAUUGUUGGACAAAGCUCAACAGAAAUGAGGUAAUUGAAUGGGGAGACUCUAUUCGCUGCUGUGAAGACAGCUGUUCAUGUUGUGAACAGAAGCGUGAUGGUAAGAACAUGGUCUGCGCUAGAUUUUCAAUUCUUAAUGCUUCUGGGUGUGCUUAAGUAUAGAAAGGCAGGUGGAAAAAGCCAUUAUGGAAAAGUGCUGGAGCUACUCUCUUUGCGGGAUUGAAAUUCUAGCAACAAGCUGAUUACUCAGUACUAUUCCCUAUUAAUGACAAGGUCUUAUUGUUCACAACUGUCAGUUUGGUUUCUCUACUUCAAAGCACCUAAAUCUGCAGUGCAGUAGAACUGUGUCCUGAGGUGUGGUGAUUUCCAAUAUUGCUGCAUAGUGUAGUGGCAAUCUGAAACAGCCUACGCUGCCUACUGGAAGUAGUCAGCAAACUAGAUGAGAAAAAUCUAGCCAGGGUGUAGGGUGGCUAGUGGAUAUCGUGCUGAUUUUGACCUCCCUUCAAAGGGAAGUAAAUCAUUUAGCCUGGCAAGUGGACUAUAUCAUUACUGUUUGAGGAAUUCCGCAUUUGAUACUUAGCUCAGUGUCAGUAAGUGGCCUUGCACUUCUGCUUAAGAACUUGUAAAAGCUCUCAAGCCAUGUGUGUACUGUUUGAAGUUUUUACUGUGUUUAAUUGUUUCCAUUGCUUUUUUCUCACCACUGCUUAAACUUCCUUGAAGAGAGAAUAUUGAUCUUUAUAACAACUCCUCAAAAACUAAAACGAAGUAAUACACUUCUGUAUGUAAGGUCCUGGAUAUUGUAAACAGAAUUCUCUUCCUCUGCUGUGGGUAGAGGCAGCACACCUUCCUAACUGCUCCAAAGGGAUUUCUUCCACAUCUGUCUCCAGAAAGACAGGUUCCUCAUUAAAAACUUGCUGGAUUUCUUCUAAGCAGCAUUUGCUAAAACGAUCCUUUUUUUUCCAAACUGUACCUUUGUAUAGUCCAAAGUUACCAACGAGACUCCUCAAGUAAGGUUUGACUGUGCCUGUCUUAUGAGCCAGUAUGUUACAUUACCCUUAUGGAUGCUUGCGUCUCUUGAUGAUCUUUCACAUGUUCUUAAAUAUUCUGGUUUCUUCUAAAUGCUAACUAGCAAGAAAGUGGGCUAGUCGAGCAAUGACCAGAGGCUGGCGCUUUGCAAUGGAACUCAGGAGCCUUGCUGGGAUAGCUGGAGCACCAAGAUCCACCUGUAGAAAGUAGAAGAAAGGUUCCAGUAUCCAGGCGCUUGGCAGAAUUUCUCCUCUCACCACGUCUUUACAAGGGUGAGGCAUUGAAGCAUCGUAGACAGACUGAAUAGCCAAGACAGACAAGUUCUCCUGCAUGUGAGAAAGUGUAAAGAAGACACUGAGUUUUUUUUUUAUACGGACAGUAAUGUUUUGUUUACUGUGACACAUAUUUCUCAUAUUACUUAUUAAAUAAGCUCUUGUUUUCAUA